CUCCGCCAAAAUGCCACUCGAUUGUCCAGUGAUAGUUUGGCCAUGCCGCAGGGCGAAACAUUUCAUCGGGCUGUCUCGAAAGUUCUGUUUAUUUCACAAAUCUAUGGGCUGCUGCCUGUCAGCAAUGUACGUGCCUUGGAUGUGGAGGAUAUACGCUAUCGAUGGCUCUCCCCACGCAUUUUCUACUCGGCACUCAUCAUAGCAUUGAAUUUCGGCGAAUUUGGAUCCGUUUUGAAUUAUGUGGGCCAGGUGGCCCUCAAUUUUCACAACUCUAGCACUCUGUCGCUGUAUGUUGUCUGUUUGUUGGAGCACUUUUUCUUCUGGAGACUGGCCAUUCAGUGGCCCAGCAUCAUGCGAUCGUGGCACAGCGUGGAGCAGCUCUUCCUACGCGUUCCCUAUCGCUUCUAUGGGGAGUACAGGAUGAAGAGACGCAUCUACAUUGUUUUUGCAGUGGUCAUGUCAUCGGCUUUGGCGGAGCAUUGUCUGCUGCUCAUAAACUCCUUUCAUCUCAGCAAUAUGGAACGAAUUCAGUGCAAGAUCAAUGUCACCUACUUUGAGAGCAUCUACAAGUGGGAGCGUCCACAUCUGUACAUGAUUCUGCCCUAUCACUUUUGGAUGCUUCCCUUUUUGGAGUGGAUAAACGAGACCAUUGCCUAUCCGCGCUCCUUCACCGACUGCUUCAUCAUGUGCAUUGGCAUUGGUCUGGCCGCACGAUUCCAUCAACUCUAUCGCCGCAUUGCUGCUGUGCACAGGAAGGUCAUGCCAGCUAUCUUCUGGACUGAAGUGCGAGAGCAUUAUCUGGCCCUGAAGCGUCUGGUGCGUCUCCUGGAUGCCGCCAUUGCACCGCUUGUGCUGCUAGCAUUUGGCAAUAACAUGUCCUUUAUAUGCUUUCAACUGUUUAACAGUUUUAAAAACAUUGGCGUGGACUUUAUGGUGAUGCUGGCCUUCUGGUAUUCCCUGGUCUUUGCCGUGGUGCGCACUCUGCUGACGAUUUUUGUGGCCUCGUCAAUCAAUGAUUUUGAGCGCAAGAUUGUUACGGCUCUGCGGGAUGUCCCCAGUAGGGCAUGGUCCAUUGAGGUUCAGCGCUUCAGCGAGCACUUGGGUCAUGACAUGACAGCUUUAUCUGGUAGUGGCUUCUUCUACCUCACACGCUCACUUGUCCUGGCCAUGGGCACCACCAUCAUCACAUACGAGCUGAUGAUAUCGGAUGUAAUCAACCAGGGCGGCAUCAGGCAAAAGACUCAAUACUGCAGACCUUGUUUGUGUUCCUGGGGAAACGCUGCAAAUCAUUUUCCACUCAACAGCGAAGCCAUGAAGCAGGUUGCGACUACGGGCAGCGCUACAAACACGCUUCAGCAUGCCAUUGGACCAUUCCUGGUGGUGGCACAAUUCUUUGGUGUGCUGCCGGUGGCUGGGAUCUGGCCAAGUUCACCCGCGGAGAAGGUGCACUUUCGCUGGCUCUCUCUGUCGUUUACUGCGGCCAUUGUGAUAUUCGCCUUCUCCAUUAUGGACUGCGUGCUGUCCUCCAAAGUGGUGCUCGAUCAUGGCCUAAAGAUCUAUACUAUAGGUUCCCUCAGCUUCAGCGUCAUCUGCAUCUUCUGCUUUGGAGUCUUCUUACAGGUGUCCCGUCGCUGGCCGCAUCUCAUUCAAAGUACAGCGGAAUGUGAGCAGAUCUUCAUGCAGCCCGGCUACGAAUGCUGCUUUGGCCGUCACUUCAGUCGUCGCCUGCGGCUCUGGGGAGUGAUUCUUUUUGUGAUCGCCCUCUGCGAGCAUUGCACCUACGUGGGCAGCGCACUGUACAACAAUCAUCUGCAGAUUGUCGAGUGCAAGCUGAAUGUGAACUUCUGGCUGAACUACUUUCAGCGCGAGCGCCAGCAGCUCUUUCUUGUGCUGCAGUUUUCCUCCUGGUGGAUACCCUUCAUCGAGUGGACCACCCUCUCGAUGACAUUUGUGUGGAGCUUUGUGGACAUUUUCCUCAUUCUGAACUUUCGGGGAUUGCAGAUGCGCUUCCAGCAGAUGCACUGGCGCAUCCGCCAGCAUGCCUUUCAGCGUAUGCCAAACGAAUUCUGGCAGAGAGUGCGCUGCGAUUUAUUGGAUCUGAAUGAUCUGCUCAGCCUCUACGGCAAAGAAUUGGCUGGACUAAUCAUCCUCUCCUGUGCCCACAACAUGUACUUUGUGUGUGUGCAGAUAUAUCACAGUUUUCGAUCCAAGGGAAACUAUGUCGAUGAACUGUACUUCUGGUUCUGCCUGUUGUAUGUCAUUGUGCGUGUCUUGAAUAUGAUGUUUGCUGCCUCUUCCAUACCGCAGGAGGCCAAGGCCAUAUCGGACACGGUCUACGAAAUACCCACGGCAUUUUGGAGCGUUGAACUGAGGCGCCUCAAUGAGAUCUUGCUCUCGGAGAAAUUUGCACUCAGCGGCAAGGGCUACUUCUUUCUCACACGCAGGCUGAUAUUUGCAAUGGUUGGCACCUUGAUGGUUUACGAGCUGGUUCUGAUCAACCAAAUGGCUGGAACUGUGGCCCAGAAGAACUUCUGUGACGGCGGUGUGGGCUCCUCCAAGAGCGUUUUUGCCUAAUUGGCUGUCUGUUUGCUUUUGAUUUUUCGCACUUAUCUGCAAUAUCUUUGUAAUAGCACACAUUAGAUCCUAUCUAAUAUCAAUA